GUGGAACAUCCUCAGAUAUACACCAAGUAUAUCCGGGUCGAGUUUCUCAGCCAUUACGGAAAUGAGUAUUACUGCCCUGUAUCGCUACUCAGAGUCCAUGGAACCAGGAUGCUGGAUACAUGGAAGGAGCCGGAUGAUAGGCACGAUGAUGAGCAGGAGACAAUCGAAGCUCCCCCAGUGCAGGAGCAGUUACCGCAGACUCCUGAACCUGAGCAGCCGAGUCCUCAAGUUGGACAACCGAGUGUUGUGAGUGAGUCGGCGCCCAGUACUGUCACCGAACUAGAAAAAGAGACACAUCAGGAGACCGAGCCUGUUCAGGCCGUGGAGCUGGGCUUCACGCCCUGGGAACCCGUAUUCUAUCGUGACUUUUCUCUUGAAAUUUGCGACUUGCGUUCGCGAACAACUGGUCAAUCCACUGCCAUAUCGCCCGAAGCAGACAACAAACAGGGUAGAAACUCCGAUACGGCCAAGGAGCAGGCCUCAACCGGAAGCGCUGUGCACGAGACUUUAGUGCCCAAGGCUUCUUCAGCAGCAUCCAAACCUCAGGAAAUAGCCAAGGCCCAACCCGCCAGCUCUGCUGCCUCUCACACUCCAGUACCGCCUCAAGUAAGCGGCACCAUAACGGGCUCUCCCAGCAACAAGGCCCCCCUAUCUCGUUCUAAUACCGCCAGCAAUGAGACUGCCCCUUCAGUCUCUCCCGCCGCGAAGCCCUCUGGCAGCAGCAACAGCACAGCCGGCACCACAAGCCGUAGCGACAGCAAAGACAACGGCAACAACGCCAGCGCCAACGCCGGUACCGGCGGCAGCCCCCUUAACAACAGCAGCCAAAACAAAAACAAUCAACCCCGAAAACCCGCCUCGGGCGCCGGUCACGGUGGCUCACCGACCUCCUCCGCCCCCCCUUCACCUACCGUUCAAGAAUCCUUCUUCAAAACAGUUCACAAACGCCUCACGCACCUAGAAUCCAACACCUCGCUCUCCCUCCAAUACAUCGAGCAACAGUCGCGUUUCCUGCAAGACGUGCUCUCCAAACUCGAGCGGCGCCAGCUCACGCGCGUCGACACCUUUCUGGACACGCUCAACAAGACGGUAUUAACAGAAUUGCGCAACGUGCGGCAGCAGUACGACCAGAUCUGGCAGAGCACAGUAAUUGCUUUGGAGACGCAGCGGGAGCAGACGGAGCGCGAAGUGGUGGCGCUCAGUGGACGGUUGAACGUGUUGGCGGAUGAGGUGGUGUUUCAGAAGAGGAUGGCGAUUUUGCAGAGCGUGUUGUUGUUGAGUUGUUUGAUAUUGGUUAUCUUCAAUAGGACUGGCGGUGGUGGUGGCGUUAAUGGCGGCGGGGCUAUUGCGCUGAACAGUAAUAGAGGAACAGGAGGCAGGCCUGGUUCAAGAGGCGGAGGAGGGGGAGGUGGAGGUUGGUUUGAUUCCCCCAUUCAGGCCGUCCAGCGACGGUCGAUGAAACCUGGUUCGGGAUGGAUCAGCAACAUGAGCAUGAGUAUGGGAAUGAGUAGUCCGUUUCCUUUCUCCACGACAGUGUCAACGUCUGGGGUACAACAGCAAGUGACGGCAGCAGCAACAGCAGAAGCACGUUCAGGCUCGGGCGAGGAUGCAGAUGCCGUGGGAACAAGCACGGGUGUUGAUAUCGCGACAGCACAACAACGCAAUCAGCAGCAGCUUCAUCCGAAUGAUAACCACAACCUCGGGCAACGCCAACAUCAACACAUGUUACAGACACAGCAACACUCAUAUGCUUACCCACGCAACAACGACAAAGCUCUCCCGCUCACUCCCACCUCCGAGUAUGAUAGCAGGGAAGGGACCCCACUUGUUCACACAUCGCCACUCCGGCAGACAUCAACGACAAUAGACGAGGUUCUGGCUGCAGAGGAUGCCGAUGGUAAUUCACAGUUGUAUACGCAGUCGUCGUUGGGACCCGAGCCCGAAUGCGUCCCAGAUCAGGAGGAGUCGUCUCGGUCUUCAUCGUCGGAAUUUGAGUCUGGCGGGUUGACGCAAGAGAGAACAUUAGAAAUAUAUCAAGAAAGCACCGAGCCUAACCACAACGGGGUUACGAACGUACCUGUUUGUUCUAACUCCGCCGAAGAAAGUAGCGAGCGGAUUGAGGAAGACGAUAUUGGUCUGAUGCCGGUGGAUUCCACUGAGUAUCAACAGCAGCAAACACUACGACCCCGAGCCAGGCCUUCACGUACUCACCUUGGCUCAGAGACCGUGAAACCAUUGCCCGCUGUACCAGAAACUUCCAAGUUCAUAAUAACAUAAUGCCUGGUGGUCGGGUUUAGCGAGAUCAUGCAUGCCAGCAAGUCCAUAGCAAAAUAUACGUUUGAGCAACUUAAA